AAGCGGCGUGGGGGUUUUCCCCCUUCCAGCAGGAACUCCGUGCAACCCAACUGAAGGCGGAAGAGGGGAGGCAGGAAGUUAUUGAAGGAAAAAGCCCUGAAACGCUGCCGCCGGGAGUCGGGGGGCUGUGCCAUGGCGCGGUCGCGGUAGCGGCAGCACCCGCCAUGGGGGCGGAGGAGGAGGGGGAGCCAGGCGAAGCAGGCGGCAACUACAAAUCCCGGCAAGCCGUGCAGCGCUCCCGCCCCACCUCUCCCCUCCCCGCCGCCCCCGGGGUUGAAGAGGAAGCGGAGGCGCGCUGGGUCGGGGCGUUGCGGUGCCUUCGGGUGCUGGCGGCGGGAUAAUGGAGUCUUGUAGCUCUGUCGACAUUCACGAUAGUAAAUCACCAACUUCUGAAAGUGAAGAUGAGAUCGAGUUCGUUGGAGAAGGACCUUUAAGACCUGUACUUGAAUGCAUUGAUCUUGUCAGUAGUGAGGAUGAAGAACCUAACAGCAGUUCUUACAUUCAUAGAAAUACUAAACGUAAAGAUCACAUUGACUAUCAGAAAGAACGAGUUGCGUCAACCUUGGAUCGUCUGGCACGCCAUGUUGAAGUAGAGAAACAGCAAAAAGAAGAGAAAAACAAAGCCUUUAAGGAGAAGUUAGAUUCCCAGUAUGCUCAUGGGUUGCAAGAAUUAGAAUUUAUUCGGGAACACAGUGACACAGAAGCUGCAAGAUUAUGUGUGGACCAGUGGUUAAAAAUGCCAGGUCUCAAACCAGGCACCGUUAACAGUGGAAAAAGGGGUAUUUAUAAGAGGGGAGGUCAGAGACAAGUCAACAGCAGUCCCAUAUCUUGCCCUGUGAUGCAUUGCAACAGAGAGUUUGAUAAUGGACAUCUUCUCCUAGGUCACCUUCAAAGGUUUGAUCAUUCUCCUUGUGACCCAACAGUCACAUUACACGGACCCCCAAAUAAUGCUGUUGCCUGUGUGAUAUGCUGCAAAAGAUUUUCAACCUCUCAGCAGUACAGCGAUCAUCUUUUAUCUAAGCUAAAUGAAAAUGAUGGACAUAAAAAAGAUCUCCCUCCACAGCAUAUUCAGUGUUUUGCAUGCCCAAGCUGCUUCCUCCUUUUCACCAAAAGUGACGAAUGCUUGAAGCAUAUGUCAGGAAAGAACCACUUCCUCGAGGCUUCUAAAUUGAGUGAUGACAUGAAGGCUGGCCUUCCUCUACCUUUCCCAUCGUAUGCAAAGAACCUUCUGAUAUCUUUGUGCAAAGAGGUCCCCUUCCAAGUGAAGUGUAUAUCCUGCUGCCAGAUACUACGCUCGCAUAUGGAAUUAACAGCUCAUUUCAGAACACGUUGUCGUAAUUCUGGGCCUGUGGCAGUGUCAAAGAAGAGAAUCUCCCAAGUUGCAGAGAUAUUUAAAACAAAAGGUCACUGCGAGAACUGUGAUAAACUGUUUGCUGAUGAUAAUCAGAUCACCCAGCAUAAGCAAACCACUCAACAUAACAUUAAAGUUUUUAGUAGAAUGGAAGAGUCCAUCUUGAUGUUCUGUCAUAUCAAUGGAAAAAAUAAAAAUCAGUCUUACUUAUGCCAUGUUGUGGAUCGGUCAAGACCACUACUUAAAAGGCACUGGACUUCGAAUGAGCCUACCAGUGAAAGGGGAUCUACUCCUUCAAAACGGAAGAGCGAUUUAAAGGAUAAAAAGGAAGAUCAUGUAGCAAACCAAAGUCAAGGUAGUGCUUGCAAAGUAAAAGCCUGGUUUUGUGAAUGUCUUCAAAAGUUUUUUACAGAAGAGUCGGUAGAAAAGCACAUUUUGUCAGCAAAUAGGAUCUGUCACAAGUGUGCUGUGUGUGGAAAGCUUGCUGAAAAUUCAAGCAUUAUCCGCCUGCAUAUGAGUCGAUUCCAUGGGGGAGCACACUUGACUAAUUUUCUUCUCUGGUGCAGAGCAUGUUCUGUAGAUCUCAGAGAAGAGGAUAUUAUGGGACAUGUGACUGAAUUUCAUGGUGGACAUAGUUACUAUUAUGAGCAAGAAGCUCUGGAAGAUGAACCUAUGCCAUCCGCUUCUGACACAGAGUGCAUUUCUGCAGGUGAAAGGAAAGACUGCAUUCCUAGUCUUAUGGAACUCUCCCCUGAAAAAAGUCAUAUUCUGGGAAAAUGGCAAUGCCGCAUUUGCGAGGAGAUGUUUGAAUCUGAAGAGAGCGUUAAACAACAUUGCAUGUCCUUAGAAAGCCAUGCAUUUCACAGAUAUUGCUGUGGCUUAUGCAGAAAUCACUUUCGGAAAGUAGGAACGCUACAGCGACACUUCCAAGAGCAUCAUAACCAGGAGAUACAGACUAAAUACUUCUGUGGCCUUUGUGGUAAUCUCUUCUUUGACACAGAAGAAGAAUUUCUAGUCCAUUAUAAGGAGAUUCAUAGCACAGACUAUGCAUUUGUGCCUGAGCAGAUGGAAAUGUCAAUAAAAAAAGAGGAGGACUUCCUCCCAGUAGAAAAAGGAGACCGUUUAACCUGUGGUUGCCGGACAACUUAUGUCUCCAGAAUAAACAGGAGGAAUGAUUAUGUGGAUUGCCAGAAAGCCAUGCUGCAAAAAGGAAACUUAUGGUUUCGAUGCUGCUUGUGUUCUGCAACUGCACAGAAUUUUGCUGAUUUGAACAGUCAUCUCAGCAGUCACACGUCACUGAAACAUAAGGAAGAGAUGUAUGUUGUUAGAUGUGCUGCAUGCAACAAAAACUUUGAUGAUCUUCAGAGCGCGCAUCAGCACUAUCAUAUGAAACACUGCUUCUUGCAGAAACCUGAUCUAUCAAGUCUUGCGUCAGAAUCGGAAAAUACAGUAUUCAAGUUCACAGCAAGUGGGGCUUGUGUGGACAGAAAACCGCACCAGCUAAAACUUGAAGCAUCUCCAUCGAAGACUCAGGGAAGACCAAAGCCAUCUCCUCUGCAGGGACCAAUACAGGGAAAGAAAGAAAAAAAGGACUCGGCACACUCUGAAGAACUUGGUGAAGAUGGUGAACUUCCUGAUCUUGACUACCUGAGUACCAUGACUCACAUUGUGUUGGUGGAUCUGGACAACUGGGGAAGCUUAUUCACGCAGCUGCCAGCUAACCUGAACCAAGGGACGUUUAUCUGGGGCUUUCAAGGAGGAUACAGCAACUGGAAACCUCCAGUGCAAUGCAAAAUCUACAAUUAUCUGAAGAGGAUUGGAUGUUUCUUUCUUCAUCCACGUUGCGGUACCAGAAGAGAAGCAGCAGACUUUGCUCUCUGUGUUCACGCUGGUCGUCUGGAUGAGCACCUGCCCAAGCAGAUUCCUUUCACUGUACUUUCUGGAGACAAAAGCUUCCUGGAACUGGAAAAUCAAUUUAAGAUGACCCAGCGGUCAGCUCGCAUCCUAAAUCCUCACCACAUUGAAGGAGAUAUGAUGUGUGCCUUGCUAAACAGCAUUUCAGAUACCACAAAAGGUUCAGAUAGUGAAGAGGAUGAAGAUAUCAAACUAACAGUGAAGAGGAGCUUAGAAGAAACAAAGAAGCAGGAAGAGGAAGACACAGAAUUGGAAGAAGCUAUCAAGAGAAGCCUUGAGGAAAUGUAAAUGAAACUUCAGUGGACUAACACCUCAUCAUCAGAGCUGCUCACAAAAAUGGAAGCUUGUUCAUCUAUUUACAAAGGUUCAGAAAUACCACUUCAAAAACACGUCUGUAUCUUAAAUUGUUAGAUUUAUAAUCUGAUGUCCUCUGUCAUGCUGCUGAACAGCUGAAGUUUAUGGAUAUCUGCUGCAAUAUAUUGUGUAUUGUAAAAAUAAUUUUUUUAAGCCUUUGCAUAUUCUGUUUCUAAUGGGUGAUGACUAAGUCUUUCCAGUCUAGCUGUAUAAGUUGUUGCCUAAUUAGUAGGCUGGUCUUACUAGGUAUUCUGGGGUUCUAAGUUGCUGUUUGGUUUUUUGUUGUCUUUUUUUUAAAAUUGGUUCUUGUAUUUAAUUUUUCUGUCACAAAAUGUCAUUGUCUUUAUUUACUUUUUCAUGUGGUCAUUGCAACAGAUAAAAAUAGUAAACUCCAAUUAUCUCAGA